AUGGAGACCGCUAAGCACUCAUUUCGGCCCGGGAAACUGGCAACUUACCCUGGUGGCCCAGCGGGGUUGAAAGCAAAAAGCCGGUGGGACAACGAAACGGCUGCUGAAAGUUCGAGGCAAGACCAUGAUGCCGUACAAGAAUCCCGGUUCUCAUACUCUAGCCUUCUCCGACGUCAGGAAACAAGAAAACACUCGUUUCGUGUGCCCGAUUUGCCUGCAAUUCCCUCCAGUGACAGCGAGGAAUCCAAUGAAUUCAACACUCGAAUACGUAUUCCAUCGUCUGUUGAAAGACGAGCAAUAAUCUCCGAACACGGUGACCGCCCUAGAAACAGCCGAAGAACCUCUUUUCUAGAAUACAUUCUCCCAUUUUCACCCCAUCCAACAGAGAAUCAAAUAAAGGAGCAAGCACUAGCAGCGUUCCCCAAUGAGCAGGUCUACCAGCCCGUAGAUCAUUUUGCGAUUGACAGAGACGAAGAAGAAUCCUCGUACGGAGAGAGCAUUGAUAUACGUGAUGCCAGAUUCGAGUUCAGGACAAGUAGGCGCGCCUCAUCUGCAGAUCUUCCUUCGGAACUUGAAUACCUGCGCAGACAUAAAGAGGAAGCCAGUAUGAAUAGGCGCCAUUACCUCACGACCAGGGGAGCCCGUUCCCCACUCGCAGCUCGUUGGUCUCUCAAGAACGCGGGAAAGAUCGCGAACCUGGGCGAAGGACGGGAUGCCGGUUCACCUUUGUCACCUUUGACACAGUUGAGGCAGCUCGCUAGCCCGCCGAUGCUUGGAAGUGAUCUCACAUUUCCACAGAGCUUGACUCCUGAAACCUCAAUAUGUGAACGCCCAAACGGUGUUUAUGAGAACCGGUCUAGUCUCUCAUCUCUCUCAGGCCUUUGGAGUGCUAGUCCGCGUUCUUCAGCUCAUCAUGACGUUGGCGGUCUCUGGAAUGGCACAUGCAAACCGGACAGAAACAGUACACAUGGCGCUGCAACUCUGUUAACGGGCUUGAUUACCCCAAGACAUGAUAUGGAGGAUGCCACAGGCCUGUCAGAUGAACCGUCCAAGGCCCAAGCUCCUCUUCACCGAAAUACACAACUCGAUGUACAGAGCCUGGGGAAUGAUUCUCACCAUAGCGAGUACGUGAAUGAGGAAUUCAAUGACGCCUUUGUUACGCAGAUUUACGAUUAUUUGUCGUUAGGGUACCCCAGCAUUGCCCGUUACUACGACUAUGAAUUAAGUAAGGUUUCGGGUGUAUCAGUAGCAUCGCUCAGGGCGGAUGACUUGAUUGUGGACGCCAAGGGUCAUGUGGGCGUGCAUGACUUCUCCAAUAACGGCGCAACGAACGGUGCGUGUAUGAGAUGGACGGCUCUACGGUUGUAUAUCCAAGAGUGGGUACGUCAACAGCCUCAGAUGUUGGAAGCAGGGCGUUACCGUGACCCAUGGGGGGUCCGUGAACGCAAAGGAAGUUGGGCAGUCUGA